AUGAGUAACUACGAAAUUCCAGUCCCGAGAAAGGGAGGGCUCCGCAUUAACCCCUUUCCGCCUUUGCGUGAGCGGCCACCUACUACUAUCUCAAGUCUUCCCGUCAAUCCGGGCUUGUUUCCAUACCCGGGCAAUCUAAAAGUGACCGAAUUCGCAUUGAAAUACCACAUACGACCGCAGCUGCUGCAAUACAACGACACUCUCAACUUCACCGACCCUGGGACCUUGAAAUCUUUCCUUACGCCCAUCCCGUUCCUUCCACCGGGUACCUCAGAUGAAGUCUACCGAAAAGCAUUCAAUAUAUCAUAUAUCCAGACAUCUCUCAUGAAAGGAAAUUCGAGCGCGGCUCUUUUGGAUCGCGAGGUAUUUACUCCCCGACAACUAAAGGCACCUAACGCCGUCUGUCCGAUACACCCCAUGCUUGCAAGACACAGAUGGAGUACGGUGGAGCCGGGCGGAGUUUUGUAUCCCAUUUGUGAUAGCGAGGGAAAAGUGAAUGACGACGGCACCAGAGUAACCUACGGAGUGUGGCAUGGCAGUUGUGAUCUCGCCUGGGAUACCCUCCAGCCUUCACUGGUGUUGGCAAGUAUAAUACUGUCGACUAUACAUGAGCAUCCAUGGUUCGAUGCAUUCAUGCUGGGAGAUGAAUUGCCCGUGGAUCCCAACAGUUACCCGCCUGCCGCGAUGCUCGGCGAACAAAACCAUCCCACAAAACACCGAAAUUUCAUAUUGCGCCCGCCCUUCCCCGACAACUUCGCAGAAUGCAAGGCAUACAAAGAAGAGCUCGAGCAGUACCACGGGCUCGCGGAUAUGGCCUGGGGCUUCGCAUCCAUGGAUCGUGCAUAUAACAAUAACGAAUAUAGCGGCUCCAAGAGGGUUGACGGCUAUUCAACUUGGAAUAGAUAUACCAACAGCUGUCACCUGUUUCUGUCCUAUGAGAAAGUGGCGUUGCUCCUCCGAAAAGACCUCAACGACGCGGACCGUCUGACUCUGCAGUUCGAGAUUGCCAAUACCAUCAUGCACGAGAUGAUGCACGCCUACGGGCUGGCGAAGCGGCAACGCUACCAGGUCCAGUCAGGGCACCCAGACACCGUCCCAUACAUGGACGAGCCGUACUUCCUAGACGAGCAGUGCGCUGAGCUGGGCCUGUCGAUGGAGUCCGCCCUUUGGGGCGGCUGCUUGCAGAAUGUCACAGAAAAAGGCCUCUCGCCACCGCUGGGACUGGGCCUGUACCGGCCUCCGAUGCCAGACCUCUGCUCCGAUCCUGUAUUGACCAAGCCUCCGAUUCCGACGCACGAUUUCUUCAGGCCGAUACAGGCAGAGUUCUACGAAGGCAUCCACCAGGCCGACUUUUGGGACUUCCGAUACCGCAGCUACAGGACGGCCAAGCCAGGCCCGAUCAGGAGAAAUGGGCAGAUAGCCGACCUGUACUCGACCAAAGACAAAAGCAAGGCUGGUCCAUGGAGAACCAUCAUGGACCCGCAAGAGUACCAGCAAGCGAUCCAGCUGAGAAGCCUAGCGCAUAUCAUGCUGAACAAUGUCUUGAGGAUGGGACCUGCAGACAGAGCUGAUUUUGCAAGGAGGUCGCAGCAGAAGGCAGACUACGAUAAGGUGAUCGCGCUCUUGGAGGAGCGGAAACGGCAAGUCGGGGCGCUGUGGGACCAGGCAGAGAUACUGUCCAGAAUCGACAUCACGCAAGGGGGGUACGACACGGCCGUCGGCCUCCAGUCACUUCUCACGCUCUUUGACCAGAUGAUGUCCAAGUCGUUCGACGUUCUCACGGCGAUGCAGAAGCUAGACAGCGAUGGUGCACCCUAUGCUGGAUGCCGAUCAGGCUCGCAGGAAUUCUGCCACGGCCUCCGGAACAUGGUAGAAGUCAUGGAAGGCAGCGGCAUCCGUUCCAUCGAGGCCCAAGUCGCACGCGCCUCGGCAGCCGUCGACGACCUGUGGAGACAGCUGACGCUCACCCCGGAGAACCCCGACGGGACGGGCGCCGCCGACGAGAGGAGACGCGCCUCCGACGCCGAGGUCGGAUACAUCCAACUCGCACAGAACGCCCGCUCUUAUCUGGAUGCCGACCGAAAGCAGGACUCGCUGAAUAUCUGCACCGAGCUGAUCAGUCACAUGUCGCCGAGUCUGCUGGUCAAGUGUUCGGCGCGGGUUACCGUGGCGUACAACGACGAGGUCGAGCUCGAGGAGCGUAUCGCCAUGGCGGAGAGGGCGGUGACUACGCUCAAAGCCACGCGCGCGCCCCCUGGCCGGGAGGCCGAGCAAAAGCAGGUGUUGGACCUGGGUGUUGAGAUUCUGAAGAGGCUCGCCAUCGAAUUGGAGGCGGAAGACUCGGAUGAAGAUAUACAUACAUAG